CCAAGGAUGUUUGUGCGUGCCUGGCACGGCUGCUGUUACAUCGUGAUCGUUGUCAUCGUCGUCGUUCUCAGUGUCGUUGUCGUUGUUAUCCCCGUUGUCGUUAUCGACGACGUUAUUGUUGCCGUCGUUAAGUUUUAAUCAUCGUCGUCCAGCAUCGUCCAGUUGCGAGUGUAUCGACGCGGGAACGGGCCGAAGACGUUACGUUCGCGAUCACGGUGACAAGACUUUGACAGAUUCGACGCUUUCCGUCUGCGAGAUGUCAAGUCAAAUAUGUCUAAAAUGGAACAGUUUCUUGAACAACAUCGCGACAAGCUUCGAGAGCCUUUGGGAAGAAGAAGGUCUAGUUGACGUUACAUUGGCAAGUGACGGACAAUGUCUCACCGCACACAAAGUGAUACUCUCAGCCAGCAGCCCAUUCUUCAAAAAGGUUUUCCAGACAAAUCCGUGCCAGCAUCCAGUUAUAAUACUGCAAGACGUACACUUCAGCGAACUAGAAGCCUUACUUAUAUUUAUAUACAAAGGUGAAGUAAAUAUUGAACAGAAAAACUUGCCAGCUCUGUUGAAGGCAGCGGAGACAUUGCAAAUUCGUGGAUUGUCUGGAGGAGAUAUAUUUGCAAAGGAAUCUUAUAAAAGACUGGCAGAAUUAGAGCAGGCAGUGGAAGAAGAAGCUAAGACUCCUAAGGAGGAGGCACCAAAAAAGAAGCAAAAGCUUAAUAAACAUCAGAAUAAUUCCAUCCUUGAAACUGUGCUGGCACCUAAAGUAUCGCAGUUGGACAGCACGGAUGAGUCAACGACGAGUGAACAAAGUGGGAAGGAAGGUGAUUGCCCGCUUCAGAAGACUUUACAGAACCCCCUUUACCAUGGGUUGGAAAUGAAGAUAGAACCAUUGGAGGCAGUGGUGGACGACCUUCAGAAGCAAUCCGCGACGGAUAAAGAUCCAGUGGAAAGACUAGACACGGGUCAAAUCGACGGAAGUCAAGGGUCUGGGAACAGCCCUGCUGAAGACAUUUCCGGUUUAUCUGGGUUAUCCGGCCUAACUGGAUUCUCGGACGUGAAGCCACUGCUUUACGCGUAUCAGCAGCUACCUUACGCCGAUCUUCUGCCGAGUCCGGAGAUAAUCUCAACGUGGGCGUCCUCACGACCGAUGGAUCAUUUGGCCUGUGACCUUAUGAAGAUCCUCUUCACCCCGGAGGAGAGGAUUCUCUGUAACGUAAACGGCAAGAUGGGGAAACAGCAGUUCGAUAGUAACAAAAUACAUUUGAUAAGAGAAGUUCUGUUGCACUUUAGUGGUAUUGCACCUAAUAGCGUCGAGUGGGAGGAGACGUGGAAGAAUUGCGUAACGAAAAUCGACACUAGCAAUAGGGGCUUGAAAAGGUAUCUGUUCCAAAGGCGGUCGGUUUACACCCAAUGACUAGGGCGUUUCAGGUCAGGGGUAAAACGGAAACGUUUUCACUGGCUAGAAUGAACUCUUUUUCUCUCGCUGAUCCGUCGUUGUUCCGAUCGGCUGAGAUCGUUUAGGAUCGUCUUGUGGAUCGCCUCGAGGUUUCCGUAUCCUUUCUUCUCUUGCAGAUUUUCGACUCUCGAACGAAUUGUCUCGUAGAAGAAAUAAUUUAUCAGAGAAAACCAUGAGAAAUCCAUAGGAAAUCGUUGUGAGUCUAACUUAUAAACUUGAUCGGUUUUUUUUUUUUUUUAUUUUGAGGGGACGUGUGAUAGGGGGUUGGGUGUCCAAUAGGUGAAAAGAGAGUAUCUCCGAAGAGACAGUAGGGAGACGGAAAGCAUUCCAGGCAGAGUUCAGUUACCUACACGCUUCACGGUUUGCUUUCACGGGGCAAACGAUCGAGUAACUUUAAAUUGUCUAUUCGAUACGAAUCUUGUACCAUUGUCUUUCGUUUUUGGUAACGGUCGCGCAACGCGUGCUUCGAAAAUCGUUUUCUCACGGCCGUGGAAAGCCGAUCGUUCCGUUACUUCGUCCAUUCCGUUUCCCCGUUCCUCGUACCUGGUACCUUCAGCAACGUAACAUUCCUUCUUUGCCCGUUUAUUUACAAUGUUCACGCAACUACGCACUCUCGUCGUAGAACAGGGGUUGGCAAACUUGUUCGGAAAACGGUUGCGAUAGUAUGAAUUCUUAGCUUUCCGGACCAGAGGGUGGUACGGAGGAAAUUAUCUAUAUAAUUAUCGAUUUAUUUAUUUAUUUUAUAUACGAAAUACAAAUUGAACCAAAGGUGAAAUCUACGAUUUCUGUAAUUAUAUGUUUCGUUUUGUAUAAUUUCUUCUAUAAGUAGGGCAAAAAUAUAAUUUAUUAUAUUCUUAUUUACGAAGAUUUUUUUAGCCCGAAAGGUGCAAUAUAAAUUCUCGUGAAUUUUAAUUAAAAAUCUAUGUUUUACAACGACCUGAGGGCCGUAGUUUGCUGCCCCCUGUCGGAGACGGUCUACAUCAGAGCUUCUUAAAUCAUGGAUGCGUUCGUAUCCUUUGCGAUCGCGAGCAAUUUUGGAAAGUAAAAUGUGUCCAUGAUUUUUAAAUAUAAAAACAUUUUAUCCGUAUACGCGAGAGUUUACUUCGCGUUUUUCUGACAAAACCGGGGGUCGUUGAUAAUUUCCUUCGAUGAAAAAUGUUUAAGAAGCGCUGAUCUACAUAACACGUAUUAAUAUUAAGCGCGCUGUGUCACGUGGGACACGCGGAGUCUUUCCUACACUUUGAAGGCACGGCAUCUACGAUCACGCAAGCAUUAUCGUACACGCGCGUAGCUACACAUAGGUGUACGUUUAUCGGUGUACUGUCACGGGUCGGAAUAUUAUUCAUAAUGGCCGAUAAAUUGUUCGUGUCGUGUCUCGAAUGACGAAUGAAGCUUCAUUCGAGGAAUAAUCUAGAUAGAAAUCUGUCCGAAUAACUGAGAACCUUGUUGCAGAGCGCAACACGCGCAACCAAACACGCGACAACGCGUGUACGCGCGCGUAUAUCGCGCUGGAAGAUGAAAAUGCGUCCUUGAAUCGCGACUUUGCGUUCAUUUCGAUGAAAACAAGUAAAUCGUGGCUCUUAAGACGAAAGAGUAGCAACGUAAAGUGUACUUGCAGAAUAGUGGUCCUUAAUCACUGCGACACGAAUGAUUUCAACGAUAGAUCUAAUAAAUUUUUAAUUUGGCACAGCUUUUGAGGGCGUCGAUAGAGGAAAUAAUAGGAAUUAGUCCGAGACAAGCAUUGGUUAAACCCUUUAUUAUCUCACUAGUGGUCGAGUAAUCAGUGUUUUCUGUAAUUUCUAAAAUUACUUUUCACCCAACAUAAUUAUUCAGGAUUAAACGGUGCGGUUGGUUUCUUCGUGUCACGAUCUUAACAAGACUGCGAACCCUCUAUCAAACUGUGUCGUGAGCUUGCAAAGGUUAAGAACCACUGUUGUAGAGUAUUUAAAGCAGAGUAAAGAGUGACGUGCACGAUACUUUCAAACCGAACGAACGAGGCUGUUCUAUCGCGUUUAUUUGCCACCUUAUCGAUUUUUGUCGUUGGAUCUCACGAAGGUACGAAAACGCUUCGAGUUGGUUAUUAUUUAAAUCUAUACGAUUGUAGACGAAACACAUACGACUGGUUGCAAAUAAACCUAUUUUACAUUUUUAA